UCCAAACUUUUAGUGAUGUCUGGGCGGGGCAAGCAGGGCGGCAAGGCUCGCGCCAAGGCCAAAACCCGCUCGUCCCGAGCCGGCCUGCAGUUUCCCGUGGGCCGCGUGCACCGGCUGCUCCGCAAGGGCAACUACUCGGAGCGCGUGGGCGCCGGCGCCCCGGUGUACCUGGCGGCCGUGCUGGAGUACCUGACGGCCGAGAUCCUGGAGCUGGCGGGCAACGCGGCCCGCGACAACAAGAAGACGCGCAUCAUCCCGCGCCAUCUGCAGCUGGCCAUCCGCAACGACGAGGAGCUCAACAAGCUGCUGGGCCGCGUCACCAUCGCGCAGGGCGGCGUCCUGCCCAACAUCCAGGCCGUGCUGCUGCCCAAGAAGACCGAGAGCCACCUCAAGGCCAAGGGGAAAUAGAUUCAACCCCAAGUCAGAGAUUCUAUUAUAAAGGUAUCUAAAGGCUCUUAUAAGAGCCAUCCACCUUUUCACAAGAUCAGCUCGUGAUGCAGCUAUGGUGUCCAGUUAUUUGUAGAAAAUA